AUGGAGUUUUUAGAAUACAACGAUGUUUCAGCUGAAAUAAAAGGCACCAUGGUGCCUGGACGGCUGAAGAUGACCGAUCAGAACAUUAUCUUCAAAAAUAGCAAGACUGGAAAAGUGGAACAAAUUUCUUCCAAUGACAUAGAGCUAGUUAAUUUUCAGAAAUUUAUAGGCUCCUGGGGGCUCCGGGUUUUUCUUAAGAAUGGUACUCUACACAGAUAUGGAGGAUUUAAAGAAGGGGAACAAGAAAAAGUGGCUAAGUUUUUUAAAACUAAUUAUAAGAAGGACAUGUUAGAAAAGGAAUUAUCUCUAAAGGGCUGGAACUGGGGCACAGCUAAGUUUAAUGGAGCUGUACUUAGCUAUAAUGUGGGGUCAAAUACAGCAUUUGAAAUUCCCUUACAUUAUGUGUCACAGUGCAACACAGGCAAGAAUGAAGUAACAUUAGAAUUCCAUCAGAAUGAUGACACACCAGUAUCUUUGAUGGAAAUGCGUUUUCACAUACCAACAAGUGAGUUGGCAGGCGAUAUGGAUGCUGUGGAGGCUUUCCACCAACAAGUGAUGAACAAAGCCAGUGUCAUUUCUGUCUCUGGAGAUGCCAUCGCUAUCUUCCGAGAGUUACAAUGUCUUACACCACGUGGUCGUUAUGAUAUCAAAGUAUUUCAAACAUUCUUCCAACUCCAUGGUAAAACUUUUGAUUACAAGAUACCAAUGUCUACAGUGCUUCGUCUGUUUCUAUUACCACACAAAGACACACGGCAAAUGUUCUUUGUUGUAUCUUUGGACCCACCUAUUAAACAGGGUCAAACAAGAUAUCAUUAUUUAGUAUUGCUCUUUGGUAUUGAAGAGGAAACUAGCCUGGAGCUACCUUUUACUGAAGAGGAACUAAAAGAAAAGUAUGAAGACAAAAUCACAAAGGAACUAUCUGGGCCAACAUAUGAAGUUCUAGCAAAAAUUAUGAAAGUUAUCAUCAACAGACGUGUAACCGGACCUGGUGAUUUCUUAGGGCAUCACAAAACACCAGCCAUAGCUUGUUCAUACAAGGCAGCGGCUGGAUAUUUGUACCCGCUAGAGAAAGGCUUCAUCUAUGUCCACAAACCACCCGUCCACAUCCGCUUUGAAGAAAUCGCCUCGGUUAACUUCGCGAGAGGAGGGGCUUCAUCUACUAAAUCAUUCGAUUUCGAAAUAGAAUUAAAACAAGGCAGUAUCCACACAUUCAGUAGUAUAGAGAAAGGGGAAUAUGAUAAGUUAUUCAAUUAUAUCACCACUAAGAAACUGCAUGUUAAGAAUACAGGCAAAAAUGACAAAGCUCUAUACGAUGACGACUUCGGUGAUUCGGACACUGAGAAAGAGCCCGAUGCGUAUCUCGAAAGAGUCAAAGCUGAAGCGAAGGAACGAGAUUCGAAUGACAGCGAUGGCUCAGACGAAAGUACUGAUGAAGACUUUAAUCCCGAUAAGGCCAAAGAGAGUGACGUUGCUGAAGAAUACGAUACAAAUCCAUCGUCGUCGGAAGAUUCGGAUGCGUCAGAUGCAUCUAAAGGAAGUAAGAAAGAGAAGGAAAAGAAAAAAGAAAAGAAGCCCAAGAAAACAAUUACAAUCUCUGAGACACCUCGUAAACGCAAGGAUAAAUCGAAGAAACGUGAAAAGGACGCAAAUGCUCCUAAAAGACCUUCUACUGCCUUUAUGUUAUGGCUCAAUGAGAACAGAAAGAAGAUUGUGGAAGAGAACCCUGGUACCAAAGUGACAGAAGUCGCCAAGAAGGGAGGAGAGUUAUGGAGAGACCUUAAGGAUAAGUCGGAAUGGGAAGAAAAAGCAAGCAAAGCAAAAGAAGAUUAUAGUGAAGCUAUGAAAAAAUACAAGGACAGCGGCGCGGCGGACGAGUUCAAACAAAAGAAGAAGCAAGCUGAUAAAGAGAAGAAAGCAGCAGAAAAGAAGAGUAAAGGAGUACCCGCUCCAAGCAAAAAGGCGAAGAACACCAGCGCUGGAUCCGGUUCCGGGAAAUUUACCAGUAAAGAGUAUAUUGAAGAUGAUGACAGCUCGUCAAAUUCUGAUAGUGGGAAGAAGAAGGAAAGCAAAGAGAGUAAAGAUUCGAAGAAAGCGAAGGCAUCUUCAUCAGAGGCAGAGGCGUCAUCCGGUUCCGGGGACGAAAGCGGAAGUGAUUAG